AUGCGAAGCAGAGAAAGGAAAGAAAAGGAAAAGUUUUCAUGGGGACAGAAAAAGAAUGAUUGGUAUCGUUUUCAACAUUUCAACGGAUGUUUGUGUAUGCUCUCCUGUCAUCAUAUGCCCUCCCCGGUCGAUCGACUGAUUUAUGGUGCAUUUCGGGCAGAGGCUAUUUCACGGGUUACAAACAUGUAUGCUUCCUUUUUCCUUGCAAGCAGAGGUGCAGGCUUAGAUGAAGAGUUAGCGUUCCUAACUGUAUCCAUGUCACACUCCAAUCAACAUCACAUUUGCUACUUAAUAUACAGAUGCCAGCGAACAUUGUCCGGAGGAAAGAAGGAGAAGAGAUUCGCUUUGUUCCUUCUGGUAACCGCCAAUGAUUUCCAUCUGUUGUUGUGUGGCGCACGUGGCUUAACAUGA